AUGUCGUCCGCGUCGUUACGCGACGCGAUCGCGCCGUCGCGCGCGCGCGCGUCGUCCGCGUCCGAGAGGGUCUCCACGUUGGGGCAAGGGUUGGGCGCGACGACGCCGAGGGAGGCGAUGGACGAGAUGGGGUCCUCGUCGGGGUCCGGGUCGGGGUCCGCGGACGAGAACGUCCCGUUAGGGGGGCACGCGCGCGGGGGGAAGCGGUACGACGCGUCCGCGAGUCGAUCGAUCGCCGCGGAGGAGGAGGAGGACGCGGAGGAGGAGACGCUCGCGGGGCUUCGGAAAUCGAUGAAAGCCGCGCAGACGAGGGCGGUGGCGAACGCGAGCGCGAACGGCGCGACGCCGACGAGCGCGCAAGGACGAGGGCUCGCGGCGCUUCGGGAGAGGAAAGGGUUCCAGAGGAUGGACGUGCGCGCGGUGAUCGAGGCGACGCCGGAGCCGGACGCGCGCGCGGACGUCGUUCCGAUCGCGCCCGCGCCGUCGCCGUCGGACGACGACGACGACGACGAGAUCGACCUUCCCGGGCUGGACGACCCUCCCGCGCCGGUCGCGACGAAGGCGGCGCGCGGAGACGACGCCGAAGCGAUGAAGGAGGCGACGGACGCGGACGCGGGCAGGCCCCAUCCCGGGUCGAGAGCCGCGUUCGAGUCGAAGAUUCCGCUCCGUCCGUCGUCCGCGUCUGGAAAAGCGAGAAAAGACGCGGCGGCGGGGAAGACGCCGACGUCGGCGAACCCGAACCCGAGCUCGAGCUCGAGCUUCGGAUCGGUCCCGCGCCCGGUGUCCGCGAAGGGAGCGCCGGGCGCGGGCGUGAUCGGGUCGUCCAGGCCAAACUUCAGUCAGAGCGCGAAGCUCGCGCCCACGGUCUCCGCGGGGUACAAACCGCCGCCGAAGCCGACGCGCGUCGCGGGAGCGGUCAAGGCGAAGUCGAAGCCCGCGGGCGCGGCGGCGAAGACGGCGAAGAUUAAACCCCCCGCGACGGCGGACGACGCCGCGGACGAGCCCACGGCGGAGCCGAUACAGACGGUCACGCCGAUGAAGCUGAAGGAGACGUCCCCCGAUCGCGUCGCCGCGACGGCCGACGCCGCGCGGCCGAAAUCGGACAACAAGUGGGCGACGCGAUCGAUCGAGGCGCGCAACCGGCUGCGACGGCACCGACGGUCGACGUCCGCGAGCGUGGACGCGCCGCCGACCGCGGAGGCGAUCGCCGCCGCGGAGGAGGAGGCGAGGCGCGCCGCGGAGGAGGAGGAGGCGCGCCGCGCCGCCGCCGCGUCCUCCGCCGCCGCGAUGGUCGCGCGACUCGGCAGCGUCACGAACGUCAAGCCGCGGUCGUCGAGCUCGAGCUCGGUUUCAAAGUCGAAGACGAACCUCGCGCCGCAAGACGCCGAGGCGGCGAGACGCGCGGCGGAGCACGCCGCGGCGUUCGCGCGCGCGGAGGCGGAAGAGGCGGCGAAGAAAGCCGCCGCCGCGGCCGCCGCGGCGACGACUGCGAGCGGCCACCCGGUCGUCCACGGUUUGGACGAGGCUGAGCUCGUCCUGAGGAUGGGGUCUCUGGCGUCUGCGGAGCAGCUCGCGAGCGCGCGCGCCGCCGUGGCGCGAAUGUCCGACUUGCUCGAGAAGGUGGAGCAGACGUCCAAGCGACUUCGCGUGGAGCCGCAGAACGUGUUCGGGCAUCUUCUCAUGCGCGGUGGCGUCCCCACGGACCCGGUCAGCGCGGCGGUGCAGAUGGACAAGGCGGUGUCGUUCGAGACGCUGCAGCGCAUGACGGCGGCGUGCGUCGAGUUGCGGUCGCUGCUGAGGAUCAAGGUGCAGGAUAACAACGAUCUCGCGCUCGCGGACAAGGCGCUGAGGGAGACGACCGCGUUUUUCGCGAGGUUGGACAAGGCUGCGGCGGAGGCGGACGUGGCGCCGCACGCGCUGUUGCUCGCGCAGCGGCCUGAGAGCGCGAGGGAAAGGUGGCGAGGCAGACGGUGA